AUCAUCCAUCAAAUCAACCCCCAUCCUUAACCUCCCGUUACAUAAAAUGACCCAUUUAUUGCAAAUCUCCCUAAUCGCGACCAUAUUUUUGCCAUUUUAACUCAUUUUUUCCAACUUUUGAGUCCACAUAACCUCACUUACUAAAGUGUCAAGAGUGCAUCCAAUUUCAAACAAUUUUAGGAGUGACAAACAGCACCCAAGAUGAAGUUCAACAAACUCGUAACCGCUUCGCGAAGCAAAAACAGGAAACGCCAUUUCACUGCCCCGUCGCACGUGCGUAGGCGACUUAUGUCGGCCCCCUUAUCCAAAGAACUCAGACAAAAGUACAAUGUUCGUACGAUGCCUAUCCGCAAAGACGACGAAGUGCAGGUUGUACGGGGCCACUACAGGGGGCAGCAAGUAGGAAAAGUAGUCCAAGUGUACAGGAAAAAGUUCGUGAUUUAUAUUGAGCGGAUUCAAAGAGAAAAAGCCAACGGGGCUACUGUCUAUGUUGGAAUUCACCCGUCCAAGGUGGUAAUUGUUAAGCUCAAGAUGGAUAGGGACAGGAAGAAGAUCAUUGACCGUAGAGCCAAGGGAAGAUUGGCUGCUUUGGGCAAGGACAAGGGCAAAUACACGGAAGAAACUGCGUCGGCAACAGCUGUCGAAACUUCAUAAGCUUGUAUUUUGUAUUAAAGUAAUAAAAAAUUGAAAUUG